AUGGCGAUCUCGCGAGAGGAGCAAUUGCUGCAACGGCCGCCGGAAGCGGUAGCCGACCGGUUUUUCCGCGACCUCUUUGCGACGGGCGUGGGCGCAGGGCUCACUGUGCGACACACGAGCGACAUGGGGCGAGGGGUGUUUGCUGACGUGGAUUUCAAGGAGGGUGACGUGGUGCUGCAGGAGCCUCCUUUGGUCAGCAUGCAACACUCUCACAAUAGGGCCCAAGCACUGGUCUGCUCCCACUGCUUGCGUUUCAUUGGUCCGCUGGAGCAAGCUGUUGCCCGACUGCUGACGUGGCAGAAGGGUAUGAGAGAGGAGGAAGAGGGGGACGAAGGCGAGGAGGAUCAAGAGGAGAGUAAGGGGGAGGAGAGAAAAGACGAGGAAACAUUGGGAGGAGGAGGAGCAGCAGCCGAGAGAUUCAUAGAGCAGUUGUCAAGCGGGCAACUGAAGCUGCCACAUGCAGAGUGUGUGGGUGCAUUGCCCCCUGCUGUGCCGUGCCCUGGCGGGUGCACUCAAGAGGUCUUCUGCAGCUCCACAUGUGCCACGUCAGCAUGGGCGGAUGGCCAUGCCAUGCUGUGCCUGGGGCAUGCGUCACAUGCCAAGGAUACUCAAGCACUGAAGGCUUUCUAUACCCAUGCUGAUGCCCUUUCUCGCGCUCACUCGUUACUUGGAAAAAGGGGAGGAGGGCUUGGGGACGAGAAGAAAGAGGGAAAUGGGGAGGGGGAGGAGGAGAGGUGGAAGGUGGUUCUGGAGGCAUGGACUCCUUUUGCUGUGGGGCACAAGGCCGUAUGGUGGGAGGCAGUGGCGUGCCCGCCUGACGUGGAAGCAGGAAGCGACGAGGAAGCUUCCUUCCGAGCCUGCAUGAAAUCUAUGGCCGAGGAGUCUCUCAAACUGCUCAUGCAAGCCAUAGGCCCACAACCACCUUUGCUGCAGCCAUUGCUGUCCCUUUCAGUCUACGGGUCCAUCAUUGGCAUGUUCGAACUCAACAACCUGGACCUGGUGGUACCUUCCCCGGUAACAACCUACUUCAAUCGGCUUCAAGAAAUGGACGAGGCUGAGCAGGCAGACACAGAAGAGGGCAGUGGUGGGGCCGCUAAGGGAUGGACCUACAGGCAUUUUCUUCUUUCACCAAUGACCCUCGUCUACGCAGAGGCAGUGGUGGGGCCACUAAGGGAGCUGCUAGAGCAAGGCGGAGGGGGGAGAGGUGGCACCGCUUUCUACUCUCUUCAGAGCAGCAUCAACCACUCAUGCUGCCCCAAUACACAUGCCUUCAAGCGAGACGAGGUGUUCAUAUCGUAUGUGGAGGAAUCUCUUUCAAUAGAGGAGCGAAAGGAAGCUCUAGCAGACUACGGCUUUGUGUGCCAAUGUGACCUGUGUGUGGCACAGGGGGCAGGAGUAGCACUUAAGGAGUGGCCGAAGAAGCAGUGUGGGGGAGCAGGAGUAGGACCUAGGAGUGGCCGAAGAAGCAGUGUGGCACAGGGGGGGCAGGAGUAG